ACCGCGGGAGGCAACGCCAACAUUUGGCGCGAAAGAUAUGACGUGGCAAAGCGACAGCAAGCAAUUCCCGCCAGAAAAAAACCCCUACUAUAUUACACCGUCUCUUUCAGCUUUCGCUCCAAAUUCAGCUGCUUUUUGGAGAUCCAUUUUUUCUUCUUAUUUUUUGUUUUUUAAAUUGAAUUUGGAUCUGUAGAAACAUGAGCUCUUCAAGAUCAUCACCAAUCCCUUAUAAAUCGAAGAAGCCCCUAAAAUCAGCAACUCCAAAAUCCAAGUCCAAACUCUCAAAUCCAAUCGCCACUCAGACACCUGAUAAACAGCCGGCUGAGCUUCCCUCACGCCGCCUCAGGAACCGCGGAGUAGCUCUCUCUUUAAAAGAAGUUCGAAAAAUCGCUCAGGGUAAUGCCGAUAUCAAUAAAGGUGGAGGUGUCCAUAUCGUUAAAUCCGCGCGGAGACAGAUCUCUACUUGGCCGGAGGAGUCCACUGGCGGUGAGAAGUCCAAUAAGCAACCGGAAGAGAAGAUUCCGGAAGGGUAUGAGAUCUUAAGUGAGUUUUUCGAUUGCUUGGAUAGUACAAUCAGGCUUAUGCGGUUAAAAGGUUCAAUGCCUACAUUGACCAACAUUAGCCCUAAAAUUGAGUGUUUAACUGAUAGGAGAUUUGAUCAUGGACAUUUGGCUCAAAUGAAGUAUAUUUUACCUGAGGCUAUUGAAAUAACGAGAGUGCUUGUGUUUGAUGAGAGGAGCAGUUGUAUGAAACCAGAUCUUCAUGUUUCUUUAAAUGUUGAUGCAAUUGAAUGUGAUGUGAAUUUGAAAUCUGAAAGCAAGAAUCUUCAUUUGAGAAAGGUCUUUCGGGCACGCCUUGAAGAUUUUUAUAAAGCUCACCCUGAGGGUGAUGAAAUUCCAAAGGAGUUGCUGCCAGAGCCAUUUAAUCGGUCAAAAUUAGAUUUGAGCUCAGGCACCACUAAACCAAGCACUUCAUUAUCUAUCAUUGAGACACCAGCUGGUACACAGAUGGCCAAAAGUCAGCUACCAGUAGCCGCAUCUCAUUUCUCAAAAUCUUUCACAAGGCGCUUCUCCCAAAAACUUACAAAUACCGAAGUAGAAAUUACUUGUCAGGGUUAUCCAACUGUUUGCUCUCAACAAUCAGUUUUUUCAGUUCCAGAGCCAUUCCUAGACAUAGUCUCCUCAAAUGAGGAAACUAGUUCUUCAGCACCAACUGAUAGCAACAAUUGUUCAGCGGAUGUCACUAGAACUCCUUCUAAAAAGAUAGACUCCACAAGCGAUGGCGGUUCUCCCACAAAAGUAGCUAGCUUCCAGUCAACUCCUGCAAAACUUGCUUUGACUCCUGCUAAAUUAAUGUCUGCCACACCUGCGUUGCAUCCACCAAAAAGAUGCUAUAUGAGCCCAGAUGAUGACUCUACCAGCUUAGCAAAUAAGCUGGUUAGGCGGCCUGUGCGAACCAGGUCUCUGAAAUUUGAAUCUCCUCUGAAGAAUGUUGAGGAUGAACUUAUUGAUGAUAGUGGUGAUGCAUCAGGUGAUGAUGAUGGCGAUAUUUUGAAGAUUCUUCCAGAGAGUCUUCUGCAAUCGAUAAGAGAAAAAGAAAGAAAAGCACAAGAAGAGCGAGAUCCAGCCAUCUCUCAAGCAAAGAGGCGGCGACAGAUGAUUGCUUGCUUGCCUAAGCUCUUCAACUUGAUGCAUUUCUUCUUUCAAUCAAUAAACCGAUCAGUUCUCACAAAAGAAGAGCUUAUGCACAAGAUAAUUGCAGGCCAUUCAGAUAUUGUUGAUAGAAGAGAAGUUGAAGAGCAGUUAGACUUGCUGCUUGAAUUAGUUCCUGAAUGGAUUUCUAAGAAAUUGGCAACUAGCGGGGAUUCGCUCUUCUGCAUCAACAAAAUGUCAAGCCCUGAAACUAUACGAGCACGCCUUGAAGAAGCAAAGUGACAGGAGAGCUUCUUGAAGCACUUGAAAUAUUUUGACCCUUGUAGCUGGCCUAAUCCUGGAUGGUCUAAAUUAUCUUUUAAUUUUUUGCCAAUGUUCAUAACAAAAUAUAGGUGUUUAGAUCAGAUAUUUGCAAAUAUGUAGUAUCCUAACAGAAUGGCAAGACAAGCCCAAUCUUCUCUAUAAUUGUAAAAUUCUCAAACAAAUAUAUAUCCAAGCAUGCUAAAUUUGAUUGUUUA